AUGGAUGGUACACAAUUUCAUUUUGGUACCCAUAAGGAAGUGUUUGAGGGUCGAUUCCCACCUCGAAACGCACUUUGGAACCCUUGGUUUCACUCUCUGCAUUACACCCAAUUUCGAACCAAUUACUCACUCUUCAUGCCAUUCUACGACUACAUGUAUGGUACUAUGGACAAAUCUUCAGAUGUAUUAUAUGAAAAAUCACUUACAAGGCCUGAAGAAUCGCCUGAUGUAGUGCAUCUCACCCAUCUCACAACACCAGACUCCAUUUAUCAUAUAAGGCUAGGUUUUGCCUCUGUGGCCUCCAAGCCAUACAUCUCCAAAUGGUACUUGAGACUAAUGUGGCCUCUAACAUCUUCGUAUAUGAUGUUGAUUUGGAUUUGUUCUCGUACAUUUGUUCUUGAAAGGAACCAUUUCAACAAACUCAAGUUACAAACAUGGGUCAUACCAAAAUAUAGGAUUCAAUACUUCUUGAAAUGGCAAAAUGAACCCAUCAAUAGCUUGAUUGAAGAAGCCAUACUAGAUGCAGAGCAAAGAGGCGUUAAUGUGUUGAGUUUAGGUCUUCUCAACAGGUAA